AUGCCUCUUCAACUCGAGGAUAUGACAUUCAAAGAUGGCGCAGCCUAUGCCCACACAUACAUCACCUCCUUCCAGAGCAACGCCUACUCCAGAGCUUCCUUCGCAGACCAGACUUUCGAUCAGCGGGUUGCGGGUGUUAUCCGUCGUUGGCCGAAGAACUAUGGUCAGACGCUUGUUGCUUACAAAAAGGUCAUCGACACAGAUACAGGAGAGCUAGUCGGCUGGGUUAAGAUAGGAUUUGAGAACACUGACAUUGACCCGAAACUAUUUGCUCCUACAGGCAUGUACAAUAUACCGGACGACACUGAGGCCGAAGUUGUCACCCAACCGACCUCACCCCCAAAGGUUCAAAAUACUCCCACUUCCAGGUCUGACUUUAUAAGAAGAGCCGAGGCGGCGCGGGCGCGAGAUCUGGGCAAUCGACCUGCCAUCGUUGUAUACUUGUGCGGAACACAUCCCAAAGCGCAGCGGCGUGGUGCCGGAAGCUUGGUGAUGGCCUGGGUAACUGAGCUGGCGGAUCGAAAAGGCCUCGCCUGCUGGGUGACUAGUUCGGAGAUUGCUGUGCCCUUGUACAAGAAAUUUGGCUUUGUUGUAGCUGAAGAGAUUACCGUGCCGCUGCCUGGGGACGAUAUUGGUGGAGAGACUUAUACGCAUACGUGUAUGCUUCGUGAGCCUAAGACAUUGGAAGUGGUUGUUUGA